UUCUCAGACUGUGUUAGGCACAGCUCUGUUUAGGCUUCGGCCAUUCCCAAGAGUCAUGGAAAACAAUGCCCGAGAAGAAGUGGGCAAAGGCAAGAUGGAGGAUGAGGACAGGGAGAGCAGUCGGUCUAGCAGUGGGUCUAGCAAAGGGCGAAAGCUCUCUCGGGAGUCUGUGAUUAUGCUGUCUGUUGCUGGGGGACUAGUGUUGCUGCUGUUGGUCAUUGCCAUUCCUGCCAUUGUUCUUACCCAAUCUUCAGGGUCGUCUCCUGUCAAGGUCCCCUUCCCCCCUGAUGCGGACAUGUUGGACUUCCUGAUGGGAAAUGGGAAAAUACAAGACAAGGACGGCCUGUACGCCACCUGGUACCACUCUGCCAAUAACAAAUCCCAGCUUGAUGAAGCCCUAAAAAGUUCGGUCAUGGUGCUGGAGGCUGAUGUGCAAGUUGAAGGCUAUGGCACCGCAAACCAGACCACCAUUCCCAUUAUGGCGCAUCCACCUGAUGUGUUCAGUGACAACACCUUACAAGAGUGGAUAGACAGAGUCCUUGAAUCAGAUAAAGGUAUCAAACUGGACUUUAAAAGUAUUGAAGCAGUAGAGCCAUCUCUUCAGAUACUGAGAGCCAAAAAUCAAACAGCACACAUUAACCGGCCUGUGUGGCUGAACGCAGACAUCAUUCAUGGGCCUGGGGUUCCUACGUUUAUCCCAGUGGUGGAUGGUGCAAGGUUCAUCCAACUAAUUCAGCAGACAUUUCCGGAGGUUACCAUCUCACCGGGAUGGAAGGUUUUGUUUGUGCCACAGUUUCCCAACGUUACAUACUCAGAAGCCAUGAUGACGGAAAUGUUUGAUGCCAUUCGUAACGUUCCACAGAAAAUAACCUUCCCUAUCCAUGCUCUUAUGGCUAAGAAUGGCUGGCCAUAUAUCAGUUGGCUGCUUAGCCAGUCACCCAGGUUCAGCUUGACACUAUGGCAAGGAAAACAAAAUCCAACACUGGAGGACCUCUUGUUCAUCCGAGAUAACAGCCAUCCAGAACGUGUCUACUACGACAUAUAUGAACCAGUGCUCUCACAGUUUAAAGAGGCAGUAGAACAGAGGAACCGAGCGAGGCGUUUCUACCCUGGAGGAGAUCUGAUCGACUACUUCAAACCAACGGAUGACCGUGGAUUGGACAUCCAAUGGAAAACUGUUACAAGCAGACAGUUCCUGGAGUCUUUACUUAAAGACAGCAGUGGUGGGAUGCUGGUCAUCCCAGUGGUGUCCAGCGCAGGCCUCCCCAAGUCCCCAGUGGUGCACAGCUCGGAGGAGGCAGAGGAGCUGCCUCUUGAGGAGUGCCUGGACCUGAUCUUGGCCUCCCCUAAACCCUGGGGCCUUUACCUGAGGGUGAAGUCCCCAAGCCAGCUGGCCCCUUCCCUGCAACUGCUCAGUGGCGCAUACGACCAGAACCGUCUGUACCACCCCGUCUGGAUCAACAUGGAGGUGUCACACGGAGCUUUCCAGACUCCCGGCUACAUCAGCGGGGAAGAGUUUCUGGGCACGGUCAAGACCAUGUUUCCCUGCGUCACCCUGGCUCCGUCAUGGCCCAAGGAGGCUCUGACACAAGGCUACACUCCAGCCGCGGUGGACAAUAUGCUGCAGCUGGUCAGGGGUGUGAAGCAAGACGUAUCUCUGCAGCUGAGAGCUGAACCCCUGGCAAAGUCUGAUGAAGGCCUACAGCAUUUACAGGCUGAUGAGAACAGGUACUCUCUCAUGGUGGAAAUGGAUCCUGAGACAGACCCAAGAACAUGCCUUCAGAAUAUCAUGUCUCUUCGUCAAAGGGGUGGACACAGAAUCUUCAUUAAUGCACCUACAGACUAUGUGUCUGAGCUGUCAUUGAAAGUUGAAAAUUUUUAGAACUCCCCAAUAUGACUUCACCUUCUAUUAAAAAAAAAACAUUCAUAGGAUUUAAAUGACAUGAGUUACAUGUCAAGAAAAGUGCAAAAGUAAAGCCUAUGAUCAAUUUUUACGUAUUUGCUAAUUUAUUACAGUGUUAAUACCAUUUAGUUAUGCUCAAGACAAAAGUUGUUUCACUGUCUGAAUUUUGCCCCUGAAAUGCAUAUUCAAUAAGCCCAAUUCAAUCAUGAUGCAGUUGCAGUACCCCAAAAGGUACAGGUAUUACACUGUGUUAAACAAUCGGUAAUCGCUGUGCUACUGCUUCUAGUUUGGUGGUAAAUUGUGGUGUUUACAUCAAUAACGUUACUUCAUAUAUUUGCAUCAGUUGAUCUUUACAGUGACUGUGUACUCAAAGAUGAUGC